CCCCCAUAGCGAGCGGCCACGUACGAGCACCAGGCGGAAAAGGUCUCCCCCCAAUGGGUUGAAGCGCUGGUCGUCGGCGCAGGAGUGCGGCGGCCAUUUUGUUGGCGACCUGGAUUUCGUCAAAAGGGAGAAAAAAGAGCGUCCGGCCCUCUCCUCUCAGCGGAUAAACGUGCGGGGGAAUUCCUGGGGUCCCGAAAGGCGCAAAAAGGCCUCCAGUUACCGCUGCGGGGCCGAGCUGACUCCCAUACAGGAACCCCUCCCCGAGCAGUCCUUUAAAAAUGGAUAAGGGCAAGAGUGAGAUGUCCGAGAGGAUAUUAAACAUCACCCUGGAGAUCAUCUACUUGCUGACUGGAGAGGAUUGCGUAGUUGUGAAGAAGUCAUCAGGUGACUGUGUGACACCCAGCAGCCGCCCUGGGGUGUCCGCGGAAACAAGCCGGGCCCAUGGCACAAGCAAGCUGCACAUUCCCUUCCACAAGAGGAAACACGACUACCAGGUUUUAAAGCUUGCCAACAAGAUCAUCGAGCUGCUGACGGGAGAGGAAUUGGAAAGUGUGGAUGAUGACAAAGAUGAAGUCAUGGAAGUCCAUCAGCCUCUUUCAUCACCAGAUGGAUCCAGUAACAGAAACACACCAGAGAGAUGUCCCAGAUCUCCUGACCCCCAGGACUGCGCAGAGGAUGAUCAGGAUUAUGAGGACGACAUGGAAUGCAUCGACCUGACUCUUCCGAAAAAGGGAAACCAGGAGAAGAGCCAUGUGAUCGAGGAAAGGGAUGAGAUGACCGAGAGGGUAUUAAGCCUCGCCAUGGAGAUCAUCUACCUGCUGACCGGAGAGGAUUGUCUAAUCGUGAAGAAGAUAUCCGGAGAGCUUCUUACCUCAAGGAGCAGGAGCCAGAGCCCCACCACGGUGCCUUCACCUCUCUCGCUGGUCCAGAAGAAUAAUAAGGAGCAGAAGAUUCUGGAAGUCACGCACAAGAUCAUCGAGCUCCUGACUGCAGAGGUAUGGGGUUCUGAAGAUGACUACAAAGUAGAGGUUAUCCAGGAUCACCAAUCUGUGUGCUCAUCAGAUGGAUCAAGUAACGUCGCUUCACGAGAGGGAUCACCUAAUCCUCAUUAUUCCAGGGACUGUAUAGAAGAACGUCACGGCGUCACACGGUUUUAUCAGGAUGAACACGUAGGGGAUUUUAAGAUUAUUGUCAAGCAAGAGAAGAAAGACGAGCAAGUGGCCGAUGACGACGUCAUUCAUGUGACCAUUAAAGAGGAAGAGUAUCCAGCGGAUAUUGGCAUAGAUGGUCGACGUAUCCGUCGGACCUCGGAGGGUUGUCUUAUCUUAUCUUGCGACAUGGACGAGAACGUGGUGGUGCAGGAUUCUCCAGAAGAAGAGGAGGAGGAGGAGGAGGAAGAAGAAGAAGAAGAAGACCCCAUCACCAUAGACAUCCAACCAGAGCACUGCACAGAAAAAGCACUUGAUCUAUCGAACACUGGGGGAUCAUCUCCUGAAAUCAUUACGCACACGGUGGGGAACAUAGUCCUCAAUCCUGGAUUUGACGGGUUUUACAUCCAAAAGCCUAAAACCAGGCAGAGGAGGACACCGCAGCCCAAGCCCAAACCUCAGCCCCCGCCCCAGCCCAAAGCCGUCCGUCGGCGGAAGACUCCUGUAGACGAGAAGAGGUUCCAGUGCUGCGAGUGCGGCAAAUUCUUCCCGCACAAAUCCUACCUGAUCAAGCACGAGCGUUCCCACACCGGCGAGAAGCCCUUCAUCUGCUCCGAGUGCGGCAAAUGCUUUACGGACAACUCCGGCCUGAUGAAGCACGUGAGGAUCCACUUGACCGAGCGGCCGUAUCAGUGCUGCUCGUGCGGAAAGGGCUUCACGUACAAGGCCGACCUCAUCAAGCACGAGAGGAUCCACACCGGCGAGAAACCAUUCCCAUGCUCCAAGUGCGGCAAAUGCUUCACAGACAAAUCGGGCCGCGCCAAGCACGAGAGGAUCCACUCCGGCGAGAAGCCCUUCCCCUGCCCGAUUUGCGGCAAGUGCUUUUCCCGGAAGUCGCACAUGGCCAAGCACCAGAUCAUCCACACCGGAGAAAAGCCGUUCCUGUGCCAGGAGUGCGGCCGUUGCUUUGGACGCAAGUCCCACCUCACCAACCACCAGAUCCUCCAUCGGGGGGAAAAGCCGUACAUGUGCCCCGAAUGCGGCAAGUGUUUCGCCCAGAG